CGGCCCACCGUUGCAAACCGUGCCUCAACUAGGACCGAGGCGAUGGAGGGAGCGAUCGGUAGCGAGGACCGGCUCGUCGAGGCUGCCCGCCGCAUCUUCGGUCACCGUUCCUUCCGGCCGAUGCAGCGGCGCGUGAUUGAGGCGGCGAUGCGCGGCGAGGACGUGUUUGUGCUGCUGCCCACCGGCGGCGGCAAGAGCCUCUGCUUCCAGCUUCCCGCGGUGCUGAGCCGCGGCGUGACGGUGGUCGUGUCGCCGCUCCUCGCGCUUAUCCAGGACCAGGUGACAGCGCUCUGCCAGAUGCAGGGCGAGGACGCGGCGUUUGCGGGCGUGCCCACAACCUACCUCGGCACCGGCGCGCCCGAGGGCCAUAGCGCGGCGGUCUACGCCGACCUGCGACGGUUGCCGCGUCCGCUGACCAAGCUGCUGUACGUGACGCCUGAGAUGCUGCUGCACAACGAGACGGUGCGCGAGCUGCUCUCGGGCCUGGUGCGUCGCUCGCCGCCGCAGCUCGCUCGGAUCGUCGUCGACGAGGCGCACUGCGUCAGCCAAUGGGGGCACGACUUUCGCAAGGACUACACGCGGCUCGGCACGCUGCGCACGCUCUGGCGGGCGGUGCCCGUGACUGCACUCACCGCCACCGCCACCGCGGCGUGUCUCGCCGACGUGCGCAAGCUGCUCAAGAUGAAGAGCAGCCACGUCUUCCGCACCUCCUUCAACCGGCCCAACCUCUCCUACUCCGUCGUGGCCAAGGCGUCGGGCCACGACAGGUCGAUUGCCCAGCUGCUCGCCUACAUCCGCCACUGGCCUCGCGGGACGAGCGGGCUCGUGUACUGCCUCUCGCGGCAGGAGACGGAGGAGGUGUGCGCCGCGCUGCUGGAGGAGGGCGUCUCGGUCGCCUUCUACCACGCGGGCAUGACGCCCAAGCAGCGGCAGACCGUGCAGCGGCAGUGGCCUGUAGGCGGCGGCGUCUCGCUCGUCUGCGCGACCAUCGCGAUGGGCAUGGGGAUCGACAAGGGCGACGUGCGGUACGUGGCCCACUUCACGAUGCCAAAGUCGCUCGAGGGCUACUACCAGGAGAGCACUCGCCCUCGCCCUUCACCCCCACCCCCACCCUCGCCUCACCCUCACCAUACCCCUAACCUUAAGAAGAAGCGGGCGCGGGAGGACGCGCUCUCCGUCAAGCAGUACUGCGAGGAGGCGCGCUGCCGCCGCGCGGCGCUGCUCUCGCACUUUGGCGAG